CAGAUGUGUCUUGAUUUUCAUAUCAAAUCGUCGCACAACUUUUAAAAUGUGUAUUAAAAUAAGGGCAAAGUGAACAAAUGCAACAUUACAACAUGUCGCUUAAGCUUUUCAUAAGCUUAUCUUUUUUAGUUAUCAUUCUAUUUCAUGUGACUAUAGUAAACGCUUUCAAUUUUGUAGAUUGGAAUAAAACAGAACACUCAGCUACAGAGUUUCAAUUAAGUGUCUGUCCUAGACGAUGCAAUGGUUCAAACGCCGUUGAAGUCCGUUUCUUUGUGAAUUGUUUGUUAUGUGCGAAUUGUUAUUGCGACAGACCAGCCUGUGAGAUCCACGGACGUUGUUGUCCAGAUGUAUCUAUCCCGGUCUUUAAUCUUGAUAUAAAAGCUGCUGAAACAGUUUUAACGAAUACAGCAAAGCCUGAAUUAGCGCCGACUGAUGACUUAAGUCCGAGGCUAGUCUGUUAUAUGUUUCUUCUUGUACGCUCAUGUCUCCCUAAUUAUAAAGAAAACAUGACUAUAAUGGAACUAUGUGAAGAAGACCUGCCUCAACAUCAGCAAACGCCUGAUGUAUUUAUAGAAACAAAAGACGACUCUACUGAAAUAUUUUACAACAAUAUCUACUGUAUUAUCUGUAACAACGUCGAUCAGACUAAGCUUAAAAAGACACAAUUAAAAAUUGGACAGCCUUACUCCUAUAACAGCACGACGAAACAAAGCAGUAUCAAAGGAAAGUUUUUAAUGGUGAAAUGUGAGAACAGACGAGACUUCAGCCAAUCGCAUACGUUUGAGAAGAUCCAUGUAUAUGACAUGCUUGAUCAUGACCUAGUGAAGGCUUGUCUAGAGAUUAAAGAUGAACAGUUUAUGAUCCAGUGGUUUUCCAGCUUGGACGUUGUAUAUUUUGAAAAUAUUUUCUGCGCUAUUAGUUUCAAAAAAUAUCUGAUACCAUCAAAAACGUUUUCAACUUAUAGCUGUACUACGCAGGCAGCAGACGAACUACCAUUAUACGUUUUUUCAAUGCUGUUGAAUUUUAAAAGGACGUCACUGGAAACGGAAAAAAAUCAAAAGGCAGAAGGAAACCCAUUUUUAGAAACUUCAAAAUGGCUCGCUCCCGAUGGUAGACAACUAAAGAUAGAAUGUGCCAGAGGAAAAACACUGAAGAAGAAUAACUGCGUCGAUUAUACAAAAUAUGACAGUCAAAAAUACAUUUCAAGCUUAGGAUUUAUAUUAGAAAAAGAAGAUGUUAAUAUAAUUACGAACAGAUUCGGUGGAAAUAAUUCUAUUACACAAGUUAUGCAAACCAUUAUCUCACAGCUGAUAGUCAAACUAAAAAGUUUCUAUAACAGCACUAUGCAACACUGUGUACAAGUUGGUCUUGCAAAGAACAUUUCAAAAUUUGAAGUCACUCCAUAUAUAUUUACAGUCAGAAUGAUUGUCCAAAUCAUUAAUGCAACGAACUUUCUUAGAAUGCAAUUCGAAUCAUAUUUUAUUACUGAAAUAUUACAAAAUGAAUUACUUUUAGGGUAUACUUAUAUAAAUAUAACAUUAAAACCUUUUGUUAUAAUGAGAUUGACAUGUUUUGAGAAUGCUAUGACGGUUUUAAAUUUCUCAACGUUUGUGGAUUCUGAAAAUCUGUGCACUGAAAACUUCACAAGCGUAGAUAUUGUGACUUGCUUUGAGAGUAACAUCGAGAAUUUAGUUUACAUCAACGAGCUAACGUCAUGCAGUUAUGUGCGUUUGAACACAACACAAUAUCAGGUGGUUGUUGACGAGAAAGCAGUUCCCCCGAACGUAACGAUAACAAUAGACUUUCAAGUCACUAAGAUAAAAAUAACAGAGAAUAGAGAUUUGAUCAUGGUGAAUGUGGAUAAAAAUGAAAAUCUUGAUGUGUGCGUUGCCCUGUUGGAUAGGAAAUUGAAACAAGUGAAAGACACUGUAAGACUUGCAGACCAUUGUAAGGACACUCUUUGUAUGGUUGAAAACAUCUUGACCUUGCUCUGUUUUCUCAUCUCAAUUGUAUGUCUACUACUGACCUUGUUGACAUACUGCAUGUUUCCUGUCCUGAGAACAAAGGCUGGAGUAAAUAACAUAUUUCUCAGCUUCAGUCUUCUCUCGGCACAAGUCUCUCUGAUGAUUAGCGCUUACACUUCUGCUCCCAGCAUUCCAUGUAAACUCAUUGGCAUUAUGACACAUUUCCUGUGGUUGUGGAACUUCUCAUGGAACUUCAUCUGCAGCUUUAACAUGGUUCGAGUUUUCACUGCCAGUAGGGGAAUGAACAAUCAACGAAAUAUGACUCAUGGUACCUGGAAAUGGUUGAGUGGUUCAUUCAUUUUACCUGUCUUAGUUGUCAGUGCAGUUAUAGUAUAUAACCAUUUCACAUCACAAGGAAGAGAAUUUGGUUAUGGUAAUGAACAGUGUUAUCUAGACUCUCCUUUAUUAAUUGGACUCACUGUAGCUACUCCAUUGUUUGUGAUAACUUUGAUCAACGUCUCCUUCUUUCUUGUGGCCGUUUACAAAAUUUACAGUGUCCGAAGACUGCAGUCCGAUUUUGUGCCCAGCACUGCACAAGAUUUUAGUAUGACCAUCUACAUCAAGCUAUCUACGGUGACAGGAAUGUUCUGGAUUGUGGCUGUUCUGGCUGAGUUCUCGGAUAAUAAGAUUUUCGGGUUUAUUGCUCUUGUACUAAACGGACUUCAAGGACUGGCCAUAUUUUUAGCCUUUGUGUGCAACAAGAGAGUUGUCUCUCUUUAUUAUUCUCUUUGGAGACGUCAUCAAGCUUAACAUUUUAAGAAACCAACACAUAUAAAUUUAAAAUGAAUAAAAAUCGAAAGGAUUAUAUAUUGACACGUGUUUCUGCUUAAUGGACCUCAUUUACCAGUCGUAAACAAACAACAUUUAGCCACCUGAUGAUAUUGAUAAACAAUGGAAAAAAAAGUAUCACGUGACAGCCUCUAUGAAUUACGUAAUUUGUAUAGAGAACCACGUGGCUAAAUAUUGUUUGUUUACUAUUGGUUAAUGAGGUCCAUUAAAUGAAAAAUAAAUUUUUCAUGAGUUUGUUACUUUACAAUGAGAGUUACACACGUGUAAAGUUAUUAGUUUAUUUUUUGAUAUAGUAAUGAAUAGUUUUAUAUUAUAUUGUUACAAUAAUCUCUAACAGGCCUUCUGUAAACA